CUGUUACGGGGCGAUAAACUAAAAGUGCUACAAUUAACUCGCAUUUUCCAGCAUCGGGGCUUCCUUGGAACAUUCAGAACUAUGUGAAGCGAGUAUUUAAAAAAAAUGCCUCGGCUUUUGCUCUUGCUUCUCUGCCUGGUCCUGCAUCCUAUCUCCUGUGCUAACUGCCCCAAACUUUGCAGCUGUAAAGCGGACGAUCGUGUCACUUGUGAAGGCAGCGAAGUCGAUCAUGUUCCAAAAGGGUUUUCCAGAGGCUCCCGCAAACUGAUGUUUAAAUACACCAGUCUGAAAAUCAUUCCAAGUGGAGCAUUCUCUGGACUCAGGAACUUGACAACCAUUUGGCUACUACAAAAUGACGUUUUGGAGAAUAUUGAAGAAAAUACCUUUGUCAAUCUACCCAAUCUUAAUGAAAUAUCUUUCAAUCAGAAUGAGAAACCCUCGGCAGAAUUUUCUCUUCUGAGGCUGGGGGUCGUCGUAGGCCCAAAAAGUGGGAGGGACUUCUGUUAG